AUGUCAAGUGCAUCAACCUGGACAAACCUCUGCCAGGGUGGAGGUGGUCAAUGCGAUUGCGAGUGCUUUAGGCCUAAGGCAGAUGACCCCACUCAUUGCUGGGAAUGUUCACAUGGGUUCACUGUCAAUGCCCCAGCCAUCACCCAAUCACAGCCUGCUGUAUGUGGCUCAUCAAAUGUGGCAAAAAUAUUUGAAGGACAUACUUCAAGACAUCUCACUGGCACUUCUCAACUGAAUCCCUGCCAGGAGGUGCUGGAAACUAAAUCUUCAAAGCUGAAGCUGCUUUCAACAUUAUGGAUGACUGCUUCUAACAAAUGCAAGCCUUCUCAACAGCAAACCAGUGGUCAGACAUUCCAUGUCAGCUCUGUCAUGAUCAUUACAUGCGGAAUAGAUACUCUUACUUCGCAAAUUGAAAUACAGGCAAAUGGCCAGUUAAUGAAGGACCCGAUCUUGCUGCAGAUGACUGUGGAGAAGAGACUGUUCAUCCAACACUUGGAAAACCAUGGAUGCUAUCUCCAACAAAUGAUUGAAGUUAACUCUUCUUGGUCACAUGAAGAUGUUACAGCUCAGCUGUGUUCAUGGUUCCUGAAUGUUUUUCAAUAUUUUGACUGUCAUCACAAGAAAGCCAAUAUGAGGUCCCAAACCCAACCUGACUGGCAGCUUCUUGUUCCCACUAAUGGCAGACUCAAACUCUCUAUGGCUGUUCGACCAAAUGGUAUUGUUCUCACCCAUUUCAAAGGACGUCAGAAGUCUGGCAUUGCUGAUAGUAACCUGUGGUUCUAUGUAAUGGGAACUGAUGAAGAGGCUAUGAGUGAGAGUGACGAUGAGGUGGUUGAGCUAUUGAGUUCCAUUGCUGACCUCAAAAUCACUAUGGUGACUGGGACUGGCAAGAGGUUGCAUUCUAUUAAUGUCUUAUCCUCCACUGAGGCUAUGGACUCCAAUAGGCAGUCCUUCUGCAAGAAAUGCAAAGGCUUACUGUCUGAAUCUGAAUUGUUUUGCCAGCAGUUGUGCCAGCCUAUAUUGAGAAUAUCUACACAAUCUUGUAAUAUUGAACUACCAGCCACACAUACCAAGCUGCCCCCCUUGCUCCAUCGCAAGCAAGGGUGGCAAGGAAUGUUCCAAGCAUGUUCGCACACACCAGCACCAUUCAUGAAGAAGCCAAAGAAGAACUUGGUCAAUCUAUGA